AAGACCUCAAACGACAAAACUAAGGCGGCAACAAUGGCCUCUCGUCCCACCGUCAACGUCCGCUCUGCCUCUGGCGAGGCCUCCACGUCCCUCCCCCUCCCGGCCGUCCUGACCGCCCCCAUCAGGCUCGAUGUCGUCGCUCAGGUCCACAAGAGCGUCGCGAAGAACAAGCGUCAGCCCUACGCCGUCUCCGAGAAGGCUGGCCACCAGACCUCUGCUGAGUCCUGGGGUACCGGUCGUGCCGUCGCUCGUAUUCCCCGUGUCGGUGGUGGAGGAACUCACCGUUCCGGCCAGGCUGCCUUCGGUAACAUGUGCCGUGGUGGUCGCAUGUUCGCGCCUACCAAGACCUGGCGCAAGUGGCACGUCAAGGUGAACCAGAACCAGCGCCGCUUCGCUACCGUCUCUGCCCUUGCCGCGACUGCUCUCCCCUCCCUCGUCCUCGCCCGUGGUCACCGCAUCGAGGAGAUUGAAGAAGUUCCCCUCGUCGUCUCCUCCGCCGCCGAGUCUUUCGUCAAGACCAAGGAAGCCGUCGCUCUCCUCAAGUCCCUCAAGGCCUACUCCGACGUCGUGAAGGUUUCCAACUCGAGGAAGCUCAGGGCCGGCAAGGGCAAGCUGCGCAACCGCAGGCAUAGGCAGAGGAGAGGCCCGUUGAUUGUGUACAACGAGGACAAGGGGAUCGUCAAGGCGUUCAGGAACUUGCCUGGUGUUGAGGUCGUCAACGUGAAGAGGUUGAACGUUUUGCAGUUGGCGCCGGGUGGACAUGUUGGGAGGUUCGUCAUCUGGACGGAGGGCGCGUUCGCUGCUCUUGACGAUGUCUUCGGUACCUUCGACAAGGCUGCCGUCUACAAGAAGGACUACUUCCUCCCCACCGCCAAGAUCUCCAACCCCGACGUCACCAGGUUGAUCAACAGCACUGAGAUCCAGUCCGUCGUCCGUGCCGCCAACCCCAAGAUCCAAAAGCGUCCCUGGACGCAGCACAAGAACCCCCUCCGCAACAAGGGUGUCCUCUUCCGUCUCAACCCCUACGCCAAGACCGUCCGCAGGCAGGAGCUCGUCCGCCAGGAGCGCGCCAAGGCCAAGAAGGGCACCAAGAAGCCCGCGAAGAAGGACCGUGCUGCCUCCAAGGUGUUCCUCGAGACUCUCCUUGCCGCUUGAGUCUUGCGCACCUUGUAAUCCUUCCAUUUUUACGUUCGUACGCUUUCUGCCUGCCAUUGGUCGUCGGUGUUCUAUGUGAGGGGAUCCCAGAUAUCCGGAACACGGCGAAGCGCAUUGUAUGCUCUCGUCUGUUCUCUGCCCUGUCUGUGUACUUGCCCGUUAUGCGUCCAUGCUGAAUUCACAUCACAUGUUCAUGCUGUAUGUUUGUGUGAUGUCACUGAUGUGCGACGUGUGC